AUGAAUACUUUCUCACAGGAAAACAAAACCAAACCUUCUGUUUCUCAAAUCAGUACCACUCUCCCUCCUCCAACUAGUACAGGAAAAAGUAGAGGAACAUCCGUAGCUCCCCGUCCCUCACCUACUACCUCACUGUCCCAAGAGGAGGCUGAGAACAAUGAAGAUCCUAGCAUGGAGGAGGAGGAUCUUCUCACACUGAAUAGUUCUCCAUCUACCGUCAAAGACUCUCUGGACAAUGGGGAUUAUGGAGAACCAGACUAUGACUGGACCACCAGCCCCAGGGACGAUGAGCCUGAUGAGACUUUGGAAGAAAACAGGGGUUAUAUGGAAAUCGAACAGUCAGUGAAAUCUUUUAAGGCCCCAUCCUCAGAAGUAGAAGAGGAAGAUAGCCACUUCUUUUUCCACCUUAUUAUUUUUGCUUUUUGUAUUGCUGUUGUUUAUGUUACAUAUCACAACAAAAGGAAGAUUUUCCUUCUAGUUCAAAGCAGGAAAUGGCGGGAUGGCCUUUGUUCCAAAACAGUGGAAUAUCAUCGUCUAGACCAGAAUGUUAAUGAGGCUAUGCCUUCUCUAAAGAUUACCAAUGAUUAUAUUUUUUAAAGCACUGUGAUUUGAGUUUGCUUAUUAUGUCAUUUUAUUUGCUUGACUUUUUAUAUAUGAUAUUGUGCAGAUGUUUGCCACAGGCAUUUGGUACUUAAAUGAGAGGUGGAUCUCUCUUUUGCCUUGGUGCUUUGGAAAUUAAAUGUCACAAAUACUUUUAGAGCUGAGUUAAUCAGGUGUCCAAAGUAUGAGUUAAGCAUCACCUUAUAUUUACAGUUUUUAUUAUUUUCCAUUUAUUGUUUUUUCUGAAAUUAAUACUACUUGUAAAAGAUUCCAAACUUAAAAAAAAUUCUAACGUAGAUAAUACUGCUGAUUCAGAUCUACUCUUUGCCAUCCAAAUGCUAUUUUUUAAAGCACUUAUUUCUUAUUGGUCCCACACUGUAAGUACAAGGGUAUUAUGUGUGAUGAUGUUUUGCAUUAAAGUAAUACUUUUUUUCUCUUAAGAGAACUCUGGAUAUUUUUAGGGAAUUAAAACACAAAAUAGUGAUCUUGUUCAAUCUGACCACAGUCUUAGGCAACACAUUAAAUAUGUCAGAAACUCUGGCAAAAGAGAAUAUAGUUUGCAGUGAGCAUAAGAUAAAAUAUAUUGAUAGCAGUUUUUGGUUUGAAUUACUGAAUUAAAUUUAGAGGUGGAAACUGUGAUAAAGAACUAAAUGCGUGAACAGUUAAUUUUAGCAGUUCAUUUGUAGCUCUGGUCUCAAAGGUUUCAAGCAAUGGGAAGAGUUUAAAGUUACAUUUGUUCACUUUGUUUCUUACUGUGUAAUAAGAUGGAAUAAACUUUUAGGUCAUUAUCAUUUAAAUAUAUCAUUUAAAUAAUAUAUAUAGGCCUUUCAAAUUAAAAUUACUGGAAGUGGUUUGUAUACUUAGAGGACAUA